AAUUGCGUCGCAGCUGAAGUUGAGAAGACACAGAAAGGUAGCAGCCAGCUGUUAUAAUACUUAAGAAAAUCGAAAGCAUGUCAUCUUGUAGCGAAAACAGUACACAAAUAGGACGAAAAGGAUGUCCUUUUGUGCUGUUCUAGCAGACAAUAGAACAAAUUGAAUUUAAAACCCGUUACAACGGCGCCCAAGAUACCGUUUCAUCUUCUGUUCUGGCAUUGUGAUAAGCGCCAGGUGAUACCGGUUACACGCAAAAUUAUCUAUUUGCGUGCCAUACUGUAAGCGUUGAUUGCUAUCGAUGUCUCCUACCUGUACAACCGACUAAUAGCAAUAACAAAACUAUCACAUUAUGUGUAAAACUUGAUUUAAUUAAAAAGUUUAUGUUGCUGUUGACCGAUGUGUAUGAGUAUACAGACCAUUUCAAAAACAAAACCAUCGAAAUCGAUUUCUGCUGCCAUUGAAAGGUUUCAUUCCAGGCAUGACUUGAGCGAUACGUCACUUCAGUUGUAAGUUUGACGAACUGUAGGCUAGUUUGGAAGCGAGUGCGCUACGUACAUUGUUCUUUAAUUAUAAUACGAUAGUUAACUGGAAAUUUAAUUGCUGUGUGAUUGUAACAACGUAAAAAAAUAAAACAGAGUUAAACCAUUUGUUUGAACCUAGACGAUCGUGAAAAUGGCAAAACAUACAAUUACGUCUUUAGCAUUUAAAAUAAUUAUUGGAGUAGCUAGUGUUAUGCUUAUGCUGCAUUAUGCACCCAUUUCUGAAAUACCUAGCAUGUAUGCAGUAGAGUGCUAUCAAAGCUAUCAUGUAUCGCACCACUCCAAAUUGUACGAUUUUGUGAUGAUGACAGAAACUGCAAAUAAGUGGAUGAAAUUCGUAACUUUCGUCGCUACAGACCACAAACCCAUUGGAAUCGGCAAAAUAUAUAAGACUGUAAUAGACACAAAUAUAUUUCUGCUUGCUGUUGUUGAGCACCAGCAAGGUCAAUAUGCUGCUUUGGAAACGAUGAGUAAGGAUAGCACACCGCAGUUUCGCAUUGAAAUACGCUUUACCAGUGAUCUUUAUGCACCAUGUCAAAAACGGCAACCAAGUGAUUUCGAUUCACGACGUUUAGAUCUAUUUUCAUUGUUGCGCGUUAAAGCUGCUAGCCCUUCAAAUAGAAUCAAUGCAAAUGGAUUAACAUUAAAAAUAUUGUUGUUACACGACUCAUUGCUAUUUCAGAACACUAUCGGAGCGUUGUAUCGAUACUCUUUGAGACGGCAUCUCAGACGGUCCUUGGCUAACCUGGCGUACGUAUUACCACACUUAGAGGAGCAGGAACGUACCUUAUCACCAUCUGCAUGCUUAAACCACUGACCUUACAAAAAAUACACACGUUUUGUGAUUUAAAUCCAUUCUGCAAGUGGAUUUUCGGUCGGUCGUUCAUAUCUUCGAAUCAUCGGUAGCAUGGUUGUGUUGAAAAAACGUUGAAAAUAAUCAGUAAGUUGCUAAAUCAGAAGCAGUAAAAACAAUCGAAUUAGAACUACCGUCGGAUAGAGUAAACCAAAUAUUCAUACCUUCAUCAUAUCAGAUAGGUCGAAGCCUCGAACAUCUUUUAAAAGCGUGAGUAUCAUCAAAAGGGAAAGCGGCAACAUGAUGAUCCACCGGUUGUGAUCGCUCAUUCUCAACUGUGAAUUAUCGAUGUGUAAGCACUACAAACAGGUCACAUUUUGCAAAAUAUCAUGGUGUUUUGAAGCUUACGAAAAUAUCACGCUCUAUCGAGUAGUUACAUCAAUACACAACACAUACAAAACAGAUUUAAUAUCUAAUGACUGCAAUAAUACCGAUUUGGUCUAGCUGUUCCAUCUGUAGUAGAAUUAAAAAAAUUGUUCUAAAAACAGGACUAAGGCGUCAUCCAUUAAUUACGUAACACUGCUUCUAGACGACCAACUUACUGCGACAAAUUUUCUGCGAGCGCUUUGUGCUAAUAACACUUCACAGUGUUAGAACAAAAUCAAGGGCAACCGUGAUUGUCGCGGGUUUUGUGAAAUGUACACAGAAACGCAGCGCUCGCGUUUCGCGACAAAACAAUCGAAGUUAGCCAUACUAUUGUGCUUAAACGUAGACGGUUUGACAGAUGGAAAGUGUCGCCAAAAAUUGUCACGGACGAUUUGUUGGGUCGUCUAUAAGCAGUGUAAUAUACCAAUUGAUAACUAUCAAACGCUAACAACGUCUCGGGCGACAAAAAGUAGCUCAAUUAGCUCAAGUAGCUGUUAUUCGAUGAAUUGCGAUGCAAAAUUUCACUCUGCAUGCCGGCCUAUACAGGCUUUCAAGACUUUGACUGGUAUUAUUGAAACCGUUCGUAGCGGGAACGUACGGCGCUCACAUGAAAUUCUAGGGAUGGCAACACAUUUCUUGAGCCCGGUCCUACAACGCCGCGGAAAAUAACUGUAGCUACCAUCUAGUACGUUAGGAAAAUGAGUGUCGGGACGUACGCCGCCGCUACGAACGGAUUCAAUAAUACCAGCCGUUUUUUUGUUUAAAAACAGAAAAAAUAAGUUAAAAUGUGUUCAAAUGUAAUUUUUUGGGUUUGGCAUUAAGUUGGUUCGUAAAAAAACUGGAUAAUUCGAUUGUUUCGAAUGAAGCAGAGAUGUCGCGCGAGACAAGUUGCUCUGUUUGCAAAACUUAUUGUUGUUGCUCUAUGUCUAUUUGAACGAUUAGGUAGCGGUAAUCACUACUGCGGGCGUGCGGGCGUGCGUGCGGAAAAAUCAAAACUGUUUGAUUCUGACGCAUGCGGUUUCAAACUGUCAUCCGCUGCGGGUGUCAAAUUCCAUACAUUUUCAGAAAACGCACGCACGCCCGCAUCAGCUCAUCAUGAUAGAAGGAUCUCAACUGUUGAAGUAGGCAUGUAUUUUGCAUGCUGCAUCAAAGAGGCAAGCACGAUAUAUAGUAGACUAUGAGUAAAGUUACGUUAAUGUUGUGGAUACUUUGGGCCCUGAGCGCAGAGCCUUGCUACUCAGCCCUGUCGCUAAAUGACGGGUGCUGACGUACGCGUUCGGCUCCCUCCGGCUCUACCCGGAAGCGAAGGGCUCGUGCCGUCGAUCGCUCUCUUGCACCUGGCCCUUCGACCCGAUCGAACAUGAGCGCGCUCCCACGUCGUUAUCGUCCAGUGUGCGUCAAACGUGUUAGUUUUAAGAUCCGUACAAUGUUUAAUUUGUGAAAUAAAGUAAUUUUAAAGUGUAUGAGCGGUUGAACAUUUUUACUUAUAUUGACGACACAAAAGAUAAUGAGUUAGGAAGAAAUAUAAAUUAGAUACGAGAAGGCUUAUUUCAAUAACUCCAAGACCAACGACCAGUUCACGUUCGAACAUUCGCAUUAGGAAUUUGUUAGAGAGAAAAAUAGAUCGAUAAAAAUUGAGAAAAAGUUAUUUUAAAACGAUAAAACGAUCUCGAAAUGCAAGUUCGACAUUUACUACGAAGCAGUGGAAUAAAGAGACUAAUUGUUUGGCUA